AUGUAUCGUCUGUACUUCAUACUUUGCAUUUUGUAUAAAGACGCUGCAUCCUACAACUGCCUUGAGAAAAACCUCAAAAACAGCGUUAGAGAAAAUUUGAAGAAAGAACUCGAAAAGGUUAAUGCUGAGUACGUUUGCGAAAUAGAGUACGAACUUGCUGAUGACAUCGCAUUAUACGCUAUGGGUCACCCUAGAUAUGAAAAAGAGAUGAAAAAAUUAGUAAAAUUUGUGAAAAGUUUUGAGCGAUUUUUCUUCAAAGUGAAACGCUUUGAGUGA